GCCGGGCCCCCUUAAGAGGAUCUUGGCGCGCAGCUGUCCCGCCAGGUUAUCGGGGUGAGCACCGACCGGCGGAGGGAGCCGCGAAGGGGCGCACGCUUGGCACCAUGACCCAGACGCCCGCCUUCGACAAGCCCAAAGUGGAACUGCAUAUCCAUCUAGAUGGGGCCAUCAAGCCUGAAACCAUCUUAUACUACGGCAGGAAGAGGGGCAUUGCCCUCCCCGCCGACACCGCAGAGGAGCUGCAGGCCAUCAUCGGCAUAGACAAGCCGCUCAGCCUCCCGGGCUUCCUGGCCAAGUUUGAGUACUACAUGCCCACCAUCGCGGGGUGUCGGGAGGCUGUCAAAAGGAUUGCCUAUGAGUUCGUCGAGAUGAAGGCCAAGGAGGGCGUGGUGUACGUGGAGGUGCGCUACAGCCCACACCUGCUGGCCAACUCCAAAGUGGACCCAAUCCCCUGGAACCAGGCCGAAGGGGACCUCACCCCGGAUGAGGUGGUGGCUCUGGUGAGCCAGGGCCUGCAGGAGGGAGAGCGAGACUUCGGGGUGAAGGUGCGAUCCAUCCUGUGCUGUAUGCGUCACCAGCCCAACUGGUCCCCGGAGGUGGUGGAGCUGUGUAAGAAGUACCGGCAUCAGACCGUGGUGGCCAUGGACCUGGCCGGAGACGAGACCAUGGAAGGGAGCAGCCUCUUCCCGGGUCACGUGAAGGCCUACGAGGAGGCUGUGAGGAGCGGCAUUCACCGCACUGUCCACGCAGGGGAGGUGGGCUCCCCGGAGGUGGUGAGAGAGGCUGUGGACACGCUCAAGACGGAGAGGCUGGGACAUGGCUACCGCACGCUGGAGGACGAGGCCCUUUAUGCCAGGCUGCGGCAGGAAAACAUGCACUUUGAGGUCUGCCCCUGGUCCAGCUACCUCACAGGCGCCUGGAAGUUGGGCACGGAGCACGCAGUGGUUCGGUUCAAACAUGACCAGGCUAACUACUCACUCAACACGGAUGACCCACUCGUCUUCAAGUCCACCCUGGAAACAGAUUACCAGAUGACCAAAGAGGGAAUGGACUUCACCGAAGAGGAGUUCAAGAGACUGAACAUCAAUGCAGCCAAGUCCAGUUUCCUCCCAGAAGAGGAGAAGGAGGCGCUUCUUGAUCUGCUCUAUGACGCCUACGAGAUGCCACCUCCGGCUGCUGCAGGGCUGCAUCCCUGAAGACGUCACGGCCACCUCUCCAAGUCCUCACCCUGUGGAUGGAGCCUCCCCAGUGCUGUGCGGUUGAACGACACUUAACUGUACUCCUUCAAGGAAGACUGGCGUAGCUAGUGCCGCUCCUGAAGCCCGUGUGCCUGUUUCCACACACACAGCACCUUGGCACGCCGUAUCUCUCCUCGGACUACAGGCCAGAGUCUGGUGAAUCGGAACCCGUCCUCCUAUGGGGACUCGUGCUGAAAUCUGGUGCUCAAUAAAGAAGCCAAUGGCUGGUA